AUGCUAAAUUCCGAUUCUGAAGAUGAAGAAUACGUACCUGAUGAGAAAGCCGAUAAAUCCUCUACGUCGUCCGACUCCGAACCAGAGGCCAAACGUCCUCGAACAGAACUUCCAGAACCAGAGGACCCCGAAACCCAGCAACGCAAACGACAACAGUUAUGGAAAGCUUUUAAAGAAUCCGUGACAUCCGGUAAAGAUGCGGUGGAUUCCCAGGCGACAAGAGAGAAACAGAAUAUAGUACGAGUGGAGAAAAGAUAUAUUUUUGCUGGAAAAGAGAUAAGGCGAGCUGUAGAAGUAGCCGAAGUUCCAGCCGACUCCGAUGAAGCAAAAAAAUGGCCAAGAAUAUCUCCGGAACUAACCUCCGCAUCAAUUUCUUCUCCUGCGAAUGACUCUGCCUCUGAUACAAUCGAAACUACACUCAUAACCUCCGCCACUACUUCCGGCGCGUCAUCCUCAUUUACUCAAACAUCUCAAAAGCCUUCUGGUCCCAAACGAGGCCCUCGGAGGUCAAAAAUCACAUUAGGAGAAAUCCCAGGAACCCUGCGAUCGGCGCGCCCAACAAAACUUACGACGCUGGAAAAGUCUGCUAUGGAUUGGCGUUCACAUGUAUCUGAGCAGGACAACAAUGAUCUAAAAGAUGAGCUCGAAGCAAAUCGGAAGCAGGGCGGCGGCGGAUAUUUAGAGAAGGUCGAGUUUCUGGAAAGGGUUAGCGAACGGAGAGAAAGUCUUUUAGAUUCAAGCAAGAGUGGCAAACGGCGGAGGGGAUGA